ACAGCUUACAUGGUCUACAUCGGCUCCAAUCAGUUCCCAUCCCACCAAUGAGGCUUCACGUAAACUAAUGCUGUAAUAGUCCCUGGACCGGGAUACUAAUCGAAGCGAAAUAGUGCGGUUCAGGGGUGAUAUUGCGGGGUCGGAUGGGAAAUACGACGGCAUUGAUAUUUCACCCCUAUACCGCUCCUUUCUUGCAGAUAAAUUCAUGGAGCCGAGCGAUGCCGAAUUCAGGGUCCGCGCCCGGUCUAAGUCCGUUUAUCUUCAAGAGCCUUCGGUUCUUGAUAUAUUAAUGGCCCGUCCCGCCAUCAUGUGAACUGAAGGGCUUAUACGAGCAAUAAUCAUAAGCCUGCUUAAUUUCUGAUGUAAAGUCACCUACCAGCAAUGCUACUUAACGCCGUUGAGGUUGCGAAGCAUAACACAACAUCCUCUUGUUGGAUUGUGAUAAACCGUAAGGUAUACGACGUGACUUCAUAUUUGGACCAACAUCCGGGUGGUGCAGCUAUAUUAAUCAAACAAAGCGGAAAAGACGCAACGCCUCAAUUCCGCACAGUACAUUCCCCCGACGUGCUAGAAAACCUACCAAAGGGCAGCUAUCUCGGGGAGAUGGACCCCGCAGCACUGGCCACGCUGACUAGCGAAUCAGCCACCGCUGCUCCCCCAAUACCAACACCAACCUCCUCCCCAUCUUCAUCUCCACCCUCCCCAAUCCCCACCAAACAAAGCGCCCCGCACAUCGCGCACUGCGUACGAGUAUCCGACUUCGAGACCGCAGCCAAGGGCAUAUUCUCCGCCAAUGUAUUCUCCUACGUCUCCAGCAACGCCAACUCCGGCCUAUCAAUGCAGGGCAACCUAUCAUCAUGGGAAUCCAUAACCUUCCGCCCGCGCGUGCUCCGCGGGGUCGAGCACGUGUCACCCCGGAGUCGGAUCUUCGGACAUGACACGCCGUUUCCGUUUUUCGUGUGUCCUAUGGGACAGCUCGGGCGGUGCCAUCCAGAUGGUGAGGAUGAAUUGGUUAGGGGGCUUGCGCGAAGGGGUAUACAUGGAUUGAUUAGUACCGAAUCGUCGCGGCCUAUGGAGGGGAUUAUGUCCGCGCUGAGGGACGAGCAGGAGAAGUUGUCGAGUAGUGGGGUCAUUGGGUCGCAGCUCCAUUUCCAGCUUUAUGUGUACGCGGAUCAGGCCGUGACUAGGAAACGCAUUAGACGUGCUAAGGAAGCUGGAUAUAAGAGCUUGUGGGUUACGGUCGACACGCCUAUCCUUGGUAAGCGGACGUCGGACCGGAGGAUUCAAGUCUCGGAGGCGCUGGAAAUAGGUCUAGAGCAAGCUGCUGAACAAGCUGGGUUCGGGCGACGGAGCCAUGUUACGCCCUCGGUCUUUCGACCUGGCCUCUCGUGGGCUGAUCUUGAAUGGAUUAAGGAGGAGUGGGACGGACCGGUGGUUUUGAAGGGCGUGCAAUGCGCUGAAGACGCACGGCUGGCGGUGAAGUAUGGGUGUCAGGGUAUUUUGCUUAGUAACCAUGGAGGCCGACAGGCGCACACGGCUCCCGAUGCGCUAUCAACGUUACUUGAGAUCCGCGAGUAUGCGCCGGAGGUUUUGGGCCAGCUUGACAUUUUUGUGGACGGCGGGCUACGCGAUGGUGCCGAUGUUCUAAAGGCGAUAUGUCUGGGCGCUACAGCUGUAGGCGUGGGGCGACCAUUCUUUUAUGCGCUCGGCGUAUAUGGAUCGAAGGGGGUAGAGAGAUGUAUUGAUAUUCUCUCCGAGGAAUUGGCUUCAGGUAUGAGCCUCCUUGGUAUUACAUCUCUAGAAGAAGCGCGCCCGGAAAGAGUCAAUGCUACUCGUUUACUUAACGCGAUGUGGCGACCUGAGAAAAGCCGAUUAUGAAAUUACUAUUACCGGAUGAGUUAUCAUCACCAUCUUAAAAAGGAAGCUAUUGUCAUAUUAUUUCAUCUUUUCUAAUAGAGUCCGAGAGGUUUUUAUUUUCAAUUUAUUUCAAUCCCUCUUCUUACUUUUCCCCGCACCUAAGCCCCCCAAUGGCGACCGCCGGCGGUAACCAUUAUUUACAUAUCACCCCUCCGGUGCGGUACUUUUCCAUUUGACAAGCGGUAAUAAAUAAUGAAAUCGUGCAAUGCUAUUC